AUGAAGUCCUCUCCCAAUGGUUUCCGGCAGCAGGACCAGGUGACCCCCCCCAAUCUGGCAACACAGGAGAGCCCAAAGAACCUCCCGAAUGCCAAGGCCGGGUCUUAUGGAGUCACCAUCCGGGUCCAAGGGAUCGAUGGCCAUCCCUACCUCGUGCUCAACAACACUGAGGGAUGCUUGUCAGCAAAUCGCUUGGGGUCUGAAAAUGGCCAGCAGGUUGCAGCUGAUCAGCCAGCGCCAGAUUCUGCUUUUCCUGCCAUUGGACGAGUCAAGAAGAGCCAGGAAGGAAGGCCCAUCGGCGGGCUUUGGGAUAAUGCACCAUCCUGCUGGAUUAAAAGCCUGAAGCAGGCCAGCAGGGAGGAGGGGAAGAAAACAGUCUCACCUUUCAAAGGUGAGAUUUCCCAGGCCUCCAAUUUGCUGAACUUCCAGAAAUAUCCAGAGCUGCUUCAACCCUAUAAUCCUGCAAACAGCAUCUUGAAUCCGAAAGACUUUCAGCCUCGCCUGCUUGGCAAAUCCCAGUCUCUUGAGGAUGAAGGGAAAUUGGGUUCCAGGCCAUGGAACUCAUCUUUGAAGGUAGCACUAGAUGACUCAGCCCCCCAGUUUGCAGAACUGGCUAAAUCAAAAGUGAAAACAGUAGACUUGGCCAAGCCCGACCAGAACCAGCAGCAGCUGGAAAGCUCCGGGGUUGCCGACCGUCCUGGCGGAAGGCCCGAACCACUCUCUCCUGGGGCUGGAUCUUCACCUGCUGCGAGUUCCUCUGCCUGCUCAGGUCCUAGGAGGUGCAGACCGGACCUCCUGCCUUUCCGCCAGCUGGACUCAGCAGGAGCAGCCCUGAAUGGCUCCCAGAAAUCUACAUCUUCAUCCACUACUCCAACUUCUGCUGUCUCCACAUCCAGAUUUUUCCUAGAUGACCAAGAAUACGCCAUUUAUGCCGACCAUGUCAACCGGCAUGAAAACCGGCGUUAUAUCCCAUUUUUGCCUGGAACUGGCCGUGAUAUUGAUACUGGCUCCAUUCCUACAGUUGAAGAGCUGAUUGAAAAAUUUGACAGGAAAGUUUGUCCCCAAAGAAGGGGAAGAUUAGGGUUCAGGACUCGAACUCUUCCAGAGAAUCAUAGGCGAUCCAAGAGUGUAGACAGCGCCCUGUCUCAUGGACCGCAUUCUGAUUGCAUCGAUGACUUCACCAAAACCUUGGGAAGAUCGUCCGAGCAUUUGGUCCAAUCCUCCCAAGUUUGUCUGCAGAAGCCGCUGUCUCCAGAGAAGAAGGCAGCCUCUCUUGGGGAUCAGAUGGCCCCUUGGGCAGCAGGCAAGCUCCAAACAACCCCAGGAAUGAGAGAUUCUCCCAGUAGCCACUUUAGUUCCUUGCAGCAUCUUAAACGUGAUCAAAUGGACCCAGAGAGUUUGCCUUCUAAGUCUUCCACUCUUCCAAGGCAGUGUAAAAAAAGAGACCAUAAAACUCCGGCCUCCACUCUCUUGUUACCAAACAGCACUGUGAGUCAGAAUCACUCGAUGGAAACUUUUGCUUCUGGUUCGAAAAAUGCUCAGGUGACACCUGACCUGCUCAAGGGUCAGCAGGAACUUGCACAGCAAAGCAAUGAAGAGACAGCCAAGCAGAUUCUCUACAACUAUCUCAAGGAAGGUACCAGCGAAAACGAGGAUGCAACCAAGAGGAAAGUCAACUUGGUAUUUGAGAAAAUCCAGACACUGAAGUCCAGAGCAGCUGGGAGUCCUCAGGUGACUGACACCAAGGAAAGAGCCUCCUUGGAAGUCAACAUGUUAGUGGGAGAGAAAAAACGGUUGACAAAGGAGGUUUCUGAGCUACAGAGGAAGCUGGACUUGGAAUUCAAGAAUCAGCAGAACUUCAAAGCUGAAAGGCAGACAAUGGAAGCAGAGCUUCAGAAGCUUCGGCAACAGCUUAAAGAAAAUAUGGAGGAGAAAGAAACUUUCAGGAGGCAGCUGAAGGAAAGUGAGAAAGACCUUAGAGAAAACCUGGAGGAGCUUUUCCAAGUGAAAAUGGAACGGGAGCAGCAUCAGAGAGAGAUCCGAGACUUGCAGGAUCAGCUUUCCGAGAUGCACGAUGAACUGGACACUGCGAAGCGCAUGGAGGACAGUGCGAAGGAUCUACUCGUAGAGGAACUGAUGCAAGUGAAGCAGGAGCUGCAGGAGCUGCAGGAGCUGCAGGAGCUCAGAGACCAACAAGAAGAGGCCCUGAAGAGACGCGAGCGGGAGCUGACGGCCUUGAAGGGCGUCUUGAAGGAAGAGAUGGCUAACCAGGAUCGAGAGAUGGGCCACCUCAAGGAGCAGCACAUCCGGGAGCUCCAGAGCUUGGGAGAGAGUCUGGCCAAAGCUACAGAGAAAAUUGGCACCCUGUCAGGUGCAAAGGCUGAAGCUGAGAAGGAGCAAAGGAGCCAAGAAGACCGCAUGGCUGGGAUGGCUGAGCAAAACAGGCAGCUGAGGAAAACCCUGGGGCAGCUGGAGAAGAAGCAGCAAGGGCUGGAGCUGGAGCUGGAGGAUUUGAAUGGAGGCAAGGAGGAAGCCAAGGAAAGGCUGAGGAGAUGCAUGAGAGAGAUGCAGUCUUUGGUCCACGCCAAGGAGGAAGCCCACCAGCUGGCCUCAGCCAAGGUGUCUUUGGAAGCCCAGCUGGAGGAUGCCCAGAAGAAUCUCAGUCGGCUGAGCCAGGAGCAGCAGCAGCUGAUGGGUUGCCUGGAAGUCGAAGCUUUCCAAAAAGAUCAGCUACAGAAGACAAAACGCGAACUGGAGAAUGAGCGGCAGCAGCUGGACAGAACUGUGGAAACGCUGCAGAAGGAGAUGGUGGAAAUCAUUAAAGUGUCCCAGGAAUCAACCCAGCAGCUCCAGAAGCAGCUUGAUGAGUACAAGGAGAAGAACCAGCAGCAGCUGGUAGAUUCACAGCAGCAGCUGAAGGACAAAACCCUGGAGCUAGAAAAGGCCUACCAGGCAAUCCUCAAAAUGCAAGAGCAGGUACGUUUUAUGGAAGAUGAAUUACAACGUCACAAAAAAGCCCAAAAAGAAGCCCUCACAAAGACUCAACUUCUGGAAGACACUGUGAAGAACUUGGAAUAUGAACUGGAAACUAAAAGCCACUUGAAAGAAGACCGGGCAAGACAGGCCAAGAUACUGCAGGACAAAAUAUCCCAGCUGGAGUUGGAGCUCGAAGAAGAACGGAGCAAUUCUGACAUCCUGUCUGGGAGGAUUGGCAGGGGCCGAGAGCAGAUGGAGCAAAUGAGGAGUGAUCUCCUUCAGGAAAGGGCAGCCAAGCAAGAGCUGGAGGGCAACAAGACCACCCUGGAAAGGCAGAACAAAGAGCUGAGAGGCCGGAUCCUCCACCUGGAAGGUUCUCGCAAGCCCAGCAAGGAAGGCCUCCUGGCCCAGAUGGAAACCCGCCUCCUGGAGCUGGAGGAGCAGCUGGAGAGCGAGGAGAGGGACCGAGGUCACCUCCAGUUGACCAACCGCCGACUGGAGAGGACAGUGAAGGAGCUCCUGAUGCAGGUGGAUGAUGAGCACCUCUCCCUGACAGACCAGAAGGACCAGCUCAGCCUGCGCCUGAAGGCCAUGAAGCGGCAAGUGGAGGAAGCCGAGGAAGAAAUAGACAGGCUGGAGAACAGCAAGAAGAAGCUUCAGAGGGAUCUGGAAGACCAAGUGGACCUUAACAGCCAGCUGCAAGGACAGCUGGCCACCAUCCGGCAGGACCUCAGACGCCAGAAGACUUCCAGUAAGCUGCUGAGCGACUUUGACUAUGAGGAUGAUGGCUUCAGCACCGAUGGGGAGAGUCUUUUUGAUGCCCCCCUGGGGUUGAAGUCCUUCAAGCACAGCGACAGCAAAGCCAAGAAGGACGCCAGCCAGCCUUAAUGGCCGAGAGUCAAGGCUGCACGGAAUCAAGGCACCGCCGGCUGCAGUAAUCAUAGCAUCAGGUGACCUUGAUUCCUUUUUCUGAGACAGGUCAUGUUCAGAUUUAUUUCAGAAAUAAACAUUUGUGAACAAAAAGGAGCUGGCCUUCCAGUUCACAGAUUCAGUACUUCAGUACUUCCAGCUCUGAGCACCUCACUGACACCAGACUGCUCCUAACCCAAGGUCUUAUUUUGGAAGCUGUUUCAAACGGGAGGGAGGAAGGGUGUCACCUUGUUACUAGAGCAGAGGAAGGAAUAUACAAAGCAGGAGAUAAGGGUGUACAUAUUUUUUAACCAAGAGUUUUUAGAACUCUUGCAACGUUUUUGUAUAAUUUCAUGUUUCCAUCAAUAGCGCAGGAAUCUAUAUUAAGUGUCAUAUCAUCCAUUAGCUUUAAAACCCUAUUGCAGUAAACGUCAUUUGUUCAGCAAACAUGUUUAUGGGCUGGCUGAAGGAGAGCAGCAUGACCUUCGGAAGUUGAAAAAAGCAGGACAUUCUACAACACCCAGAGCUGUUUCUGCUCAGAAAACCUCUUCCCCGUUCCCUGUCUCUGCUCCCUCACUCCGACUUCCAGGGAUUGGAUCGAUGGGGAGACGGUUGACAUAUCCUGAUCUUGCCACACUUUAGAAAAAAGACCUUUACUCUGAUCUGAAUUCCCUCGGCCUUGGCAGGACGUGCAACAAUCACUCUGUUGGGUUUCUCUUCUCUUGCUCAAGAGCAGCUCCCUUGUCCCGAGGCCCAGCACCCCAAGGACCCUGAGCCCUGGCGGCAAGGAGCAGCCUCAGGUGCAGAGAAGCAGGGCUGAACUUGCCGUUUGGGUUCAGAGCUGAAACGGCUGCUUUGCUAUUCAAGGAUGGCGAGACCUGCUCCUCUGGUGGGUUAUAAAGGACUCUCUGAGAAGCAUAUCGGAAAAGGCACUUCUGUUUUCUUGUCUUCUAGUUUUAAUUGUAUUACCUGUAAGCGGCAUUUGGAAGAACAUACCAGUAUUUCCAAAAGUUUCUACUGCAAUCGCAUUUUUAUCCUUUCACCAAAUCUUUGCUCUGUUGGGACAAUCUUUAAUGAGGAAAUAAUAGUAUCAGUAGCUCUGAAA